AUGAGUAUUCAGACCGCAGCCACACUCAAGAAGCUGGCAAUUCAGUCUCUGGUGAGAGAUGAGGCUUUGGCCAUAUCCUCUCUGGAGGAUCUCCCCUCUGUACUCUUCCCAGCACUGUUCAAGGAGGCUUUCAGUGGCAGACAAACCAAGCUCAUAAAGGCAAUGUUGGCAGCCUGGCCUUUCCCCUGUCUCCCUGUGGGGGCAUUGAUGAAGACGCCUAAACUGGAAAUGUUGCAAGCUGUGCUAGAUGGAAUAGACAUGCGACUGACUAAAGGGUUUCACCCCAGUUGAGCAAAAGUCAACAGGGGAAAACUUCAGGUUCUGGAACUGAGGAAUGAGCACCAUGCCUUUUGGAACAUAUGGGCUGGUACAGAGGACGAUAGCUGUUCUUCAGAGCCCUUGGAUGAGAAGCCAGUAGUGAAGGUCCUUCCCAGAUAUGCAGUGAGGAGGCAGCUGAAGGUGGUAGCUGAGUUGUGCCUCAGGCCACGCCUUGAUGAAGCACAAGCAGCCUUCUUGAAGUGGGCCCAGCAGAGAAAGGACUCCCUACAUUUGUGUUGUGCAAAGAUGAAGAUCUGGGCUAUGCCCAUGGACUUUAUCAGCAAGAUCUUGAAUAUAUUUCAUCCAGAGCAUAUUGAGGAAUUGGAACUGAACACUCAUUGGAAUUUGUACAAGCUGGCCGAAUUUGCUUCCUGCUUUGGGCAGAUGAGAAAUCUUUGCAAACUCUUCCUGGCACCCCUCUACAAGAACGUCUUCAAGAUUGCCAAUAGGACAGGAGACAGAGAAGAGCAGUAUAUCCAGGAGUUCAUAUCUGUCUUCUCCAAAUUCAAUUGUCUCCAGCAUCUCUCCAUGAGUGGUGUCCAUUUCCUCAAAGACCACAUGAAUCAGGUCCUCAGGCACCUGAUGACGCCACUGAGCUCCCUUUCUGUCACUCACUACCAACUUUCACAGUCAGACUUGGAUUCCUUCUCCCACUGCCAGAGUGUCUUUCAGCUAAAACAUCUGGAAAUGAGAGGUGUGGUUCUAACAGAUUUGGAUCUGAUGCCUAUGAAAUGUCUCCUCCAAAAGGUGGCAGAUACUCUAGAAACUCUGGAUUUUCAGGGAUGUAGGGUGAAGGACUCCCAGCUCAUUGCCCUCCUACCUGCCCUCACACAUUGCUCUCAGCUCACCAAGAUCAACUUCUACAACAAUUGCUUCUCCAUGCCCAUCCUGAAGGACCUUUUGGAGCACACAGUCAACUGGAGCAAGAUGAAUGUGGAACAAUACCCUGCCCCUCUGGAGUGCUAUGAUAGGUUGGCUCAUGUCUCCAGAGUAAGAUUUGCCCAACUUUGUCUGCAGCUCCUGGAAACUCUCAGGGCAAUAAGGCAGCCCAAGAACAUCUCCUUUGCUACAGAUAAUUGUCCUAAAUGUGGUGAGCGCUGUGUCUAUGGCCAAGGUGCGAGAUUUUGUUUUUGCUGGCACUGA